GACAUGUCUUUGUUACUUUCGGGGUUUUGUUUUGUUACCGAUGAUAACCGCUUUGUCUUACUUAUUCAUCGUACCCCCUUUCACUUGGGAGUGAGCAGCGCGACGGCGGUGAAUCAUAUAAUUGCAUUCAGCAAGCGUAUGAUAUGUCCUCCUGCUGAUUAGCCAAGACCUUGGUUUUUUUUUCAUAGCAGACUAACUAGUCACCGCAUCAAAAGCGAAAUUUUGACAAGCCCAAAUUGCCUUCAAAAAGCGUGUUACAAGGCGAGACAUUGUGAUUCUUUGUCUUUUUAAAUUAUUUUGCUGAAGGUUGUUUAACAAAAUGGACGGUGACUGGGAUAUCGAGAAGUAUAAGAACAAGUUCGAGCCUGAAGAACAAUGGGAAUUGAAGAAGCAAUUCAUGGAAACACACAAAACUCUUUUCUCUGAAGAUCGUGUUGUUUGCCUCGCCCAGGUUCUCGUCAACAUGGAAAUUUUAGGAACAACAUAUCCACUAGAAACCAUGAAGACUGUUAAUGAAUUAUCGGUAGAUAUUGUUGGAGAGUUCAGAGAAAGACAAAAGACAAGACUUCAGAGAACAUUUGUGGGGGCUGCAGCAGCUGCUAAUGCUAAAUUCAGUCGCAAAUAGACAUGUGAUUUGCUGCAUCAUUUUUUACAGUUCUGAUAAUUCAUAAAUUGAAAUUGACAGCCUAAUUAUUGCAAUGCAUCAUCAUUGAUGAAACCUGAUACAUAACAUGGAUUCUUGAA